GUGUAAAAUGAGAUUAACCUGUAAAGAUGGAGAAGCUGUCAAUGAACCUUCAGGCUUGGCCAACACGAAACAACUGACCAAUCAAACACAUCUUGCUUCCCAAGUUUCCUAAUUCCCAAGAAAUAAAAAAAAACUGCUUUAUAAGCCAGAUAACCCCACCACACAAUUUCAUCCCCAUUUUCAUUCAGCUCUCAACAACAACCAGAGAUGAAGAGGGAGGGACGCCAACAUGGCAUGGUUCGGAGCUACAUGAUCCUUCCAUCGCCAUUGAACCCAAGACCAGAACCCAGAUACGUCAACCGGUUCGAGUCUCCCCCCACCGCCGGGUUGUUCACCAAGGUCUCACCCAAGCCCACCAACCACUCCAAGUUCACCGGAAAGUGUGGCCGAGGCAGGUGUGUUGGGUGCCAUAUUCACCCGGCUUGCAAGUCAAAGGACAAAGCAAAGGGGACCCAGAAGUGGAGAUCAUGCGACGUCGUCUCGAAUCAUAGGUUGCUCACGUGGCGGGUCGUGGAUGCUAAAUCCGGGUUGAAGUUUCCCGGUUUCUCUGCUUCUGGAAUUUUGGAUCAUUUGGCUACUACUGAUUAUGAGGAUGAGGAGUAUGAUGAUAUUUAUGAUGAUGAUGAGGCUUAUGAGGGAUCAUGCGGAGUCGCUCGUCAUGGUUUGUUGGUUGACUCUGGAGCCGUUGAAUGCAAGGAUGAAGAUGAUGACAAUAAUGCCAGAGAUGAUGAUGACGAUAAAAUGAGCUUUUGUGAUGUGGGGAUUAUGUUGGAACAAGUAGAUGGGGAUGAAGGUUGGUGUUUGGUGGGAGAUUUGUGAUUCUUCAAUGGCUUUGAGUCUUUUCUGUUCUACACGCAAUGAUUUCACUCUCUUUAUUUUUAUUUUAUUUUCAAUUAAUUAUGUAUUAUGUACAUAAUUAAUUUUUUUUUAUUAUUAAAUGUGUCAUUGUCGAUGUAUCAUUUAGAUAUGGUUGGGAAAGGACUGUGCCGUCUAACCUUUGGAAUUGUCAUCGGGUUCAUUAAUGUAACUUUUUUGGUCGGUCGGCCGGUAAAUAUAA